AUUACUUGAAACCGUCUGGCAGCAUUUGUAUUUAAUGGUCCAGUAUGAUUCAAAAUCAUACGUUUCGAAUUCUUUCUUUAUUGCUUUUACUGAGCCAUGGUUUGGUGUCAGCAGGGCUUACUCCGGAUGCCGUGAGGCCGAAUUUCGUGGUAUUUUUGGUAGAUGAUUUGGGUAUUGGUGAUAUUGGUUGUUUUGGUAAUGACACAAUUAAAACACCGAACAUUGAUAAUCUCGCAUCACACGGGGCGAAAUUGAAUCAUAAUUUGGCGCCGGAGUCGAUGUGUACACCAAGCCGUGCAGCAACGCUGACUGGUCGCUAUGCAGUUCGUUCAGGAAUGGGUUCAGGGCCAGGAGAAACCAGAGUAUUCUUGAACAUAGCAACGUCCGGAGGGUUGCAAAAUAACGAAACAACGAUCGCCGAAGUUUUGCAGGAAUCUGGUUAUAAAACAGGUAUGAUUGGUAAAUGGCACCUGGGAUUGAACUGUAUGGACGACAAAGAUGGCUGCCAUCACCCAAUGAACAAUGGAUUUGAUGAAUUUUACGGAUUACCUUUGACAAAUAUCCGUGCUGCUUGUGGUUCAAAAGAAGACGGUUCUAGGUUAACAGAUUACAUAAAGAAACUUGUAAAACCGCUUAUGAUAGCCAAUGUAAUAUUUUGGAUAGCUUUAAUGUGGAUUGGGUUUCUUUCCAGAAAAAUGGCGUUUCUGCUAUUCAUUUUUUCAUUCUUGAUUCUAUCCCUUCCAGUUCUAUUUGGCAACUUAAUUUUUACCCAGUUUAUUUGUGUACUAAUGCGAGGAUUCGAGGUUGUCGAACAGCCACUUAUUUUGGAAAACCUAACACUCAGGUUCACAGACGAAGCGAAACGGUUCAUUACCACGAACAAAGCCAAACCAUUUUUUCUUUUUAUGUCCUACGCCAAAGUCCACACGUCGCUAUUCACAUCCCCACGGUUCAAAGGCCACAGUGUUCAUGGUCGCUAUGGUGACAAUGUCGAAGAAAUGGAUUGGAGUGUAGGAGAGAUCAUUUCAAGUCUUAAAAAGGAAAAUGUGUUGGAUAAUACAUUUGUGUAUUUCACAUCGGAUCAUGGACCUUUUCUCGAAGAGAAUGUUGAUACUGGAGAAUAUUGUGGUGGGUCGAAGGGACGUUACAGAGGAGGAAAAGGCCAAAGUUGGGAAGGAGGUAUCCGCGUACCCACGCUCGCCAUGUGGAAAGAUCACAUACCUGAAGGAAUCACAAUCAACGAACCAACAAACACAAUGGAUAUCUUCACAACCAUGAUUCAGAUUGCUGGUAGCAACAUUCCUACCGACAGAAUCAUUGACAGCAAAAACAUCCUUCCUUUGUUAAAGCAAGAAGAACUGGUAUCACCCCACCAAUUUAUGUAUCACUAUUGUGGUACUGCCGUUCAUGCGGUGAGAUAUAGGCCACAGACGGGAGAUGUGACUUGGAAGGCACACUUCAUUACACCAAACUGGGAUCCGGGUACGGAAGGUUGCCAAUCAACAUUCGUGACAUGUCUAUGUUUUGGUGAGCAUGUAACCCACCAUAAUCCUCCACUGCUUUAUGAUAUUACUAAUGACCCUUACGAGACACAGCCGCUCGACACUGCGCAAUAUCAAGACGUCGUCACAACGAUCAAGGAAGCGAUGGAAAAGCACAUGCAGGGAGUUAAGGUAGUUCCAAGGCAGUUGGGUUUCCCGAAUGCAUGGUGGAGCCCACGUCGUCAACCUUGUUGUAAUUUUCCGUACUGUUCAUGUGUUGAAUCUUGAUUGAUCUUCAGCAGAAAAGUCCUUAAUGAUUAUAACUGUGAUUAGUACUCUAGAUGCAGACAUGCAUAAUGAUUAUUCUUUUUCUAAUUUAAUACGUUUUCUUCAUGUGUUGAAUCUUGACUCAUCUUUAGCAGAAAUAUUGAAGUCCUUGGUGAUUAUAACUGUGAUUAGUACUCUAGAUGCAGACAUGCAUAAUGAUUAUUCUUUUUCUAAUUUAAUACGUUUUGUUCAUGUGUUGAAUCUUGAUUCAUCUUUAGCAGAAAUAUUGAAGUCCUUGGUGAUUAUAAUCAGUGGCGUAGCCAGCCUGACGAUUUAGUCAUGCUAUGCAAAUUUUUCAUUAUUAUCAUUAUUCAUUUC